UCCUUCCUUUCCUUACCUCUCAACAACCCCUCGUCAGAGCCAGUAGAAGCCACAUCCACUUUUGUCGUCAUGGAUCGCAUGGUGGGACAUGGGAUGCCGGCCUGUCGUUGGCCCGUCCUGGAUUCAGCAUUCAGGUUAGUUAAUUGGGAUGUUGCUAUCUGCUAUGAGCGCUGCGAGAGGAACCAUCGUUGCAUCCAUGAUGUCAGCCAGAACUAGAGCCUGCGGUCCGGUUUCCGCUCGUUGUCAAUCCCCACCAUUUUUCCCGGAUGAGGAUUCUCCGAGAAUAAGUCAGCCAUCAAUAAUGCCACUGCAAAAGCACUCAUUUGCAUGCUUUCGUCUCUUUGUUGCUGAAGAGAUUGAGCCAGCGCCCAUGGGAGCAGCAGAAGGGACACAGUACGUCCUUUGGAUCGGUUGCUGAGUUAGUCAAAACUAACCUCACUGGCGGGAUUGAGUGAACAACUACAAAGUUGGUUGAGACAAUAGAAGACGCCCGCU